AUGGACAUUGUUUUUGCCGCAUGGAGUGUCAAGGUGUUUUUGGUGCAAGGAGGUGUGAUGUUUGAUCAGUCCGUCCAAAAUUCCCCCCAAGUUCCCUCUGCUUCAUCUCCUUUCGCCCUGGGCUUUUCUUUCCCGCACCAUGCUUCGCGUGUUUCGAGUUUCGACGCCGUCACCACCGCACCCACGCUCACCACUCCCACUCUGUCUUUCCAGUUCUCAAAGUAA